UUUAUUCAGCCAUCUUCAGCAUCUAAAGGUGCUUUGCAUCAUCAUAACAUGUAUGUCAAUUGUCAACAACCUAAUCAAAAAUCAAAAAUCAAAAUAUGUCAAUAACUGUCAGUUGAUUGAAAAUGAGAAAAUGUUUAUCUAAAUCGAAUGAUCGUUAAGAAACGAAGAAUAAACAUUAUACAAUGCUAUGUAGCGUGCAAUAAUACAAUACAGUGCUUGACCACUCCGAGCGGUAUCUGGACAUAUGUAAUCAGGAGAUAACUAAUUUAUCACUCGCAUAACAACACCGCACAUACCGUUUGCUCCGACUAUUAUAAUAACUGUAAAUUAUUUUAAGAUAAUACUCAAAGAUGAUGAACGUGCUGUGCAGGCUUCGUCCGUGUUCAAAAUCGGCGAUUGUAAGAAAUUUCUCGUUGACUAGUUCUUGUCUGCAAGACCAGUCAUGUAAAUUGCUUGUCAUUGGUGGUGGGACAGGUGGAUGCACCAUAGCUGCUAAGUUUGCUAAACGACUCAAAAAAGGAUCCGUGAUUGUUCUAGAACCAAGUUCUGACCACUACUACCAACCGCUAUUCACGCUGGUCGGCGCCGGAGUGACCACGGUGGAGGCGACCCGCCGGGACGCUAAGAGCGUUCUACCCUCGAACGCUACCUGGAUACAGGACUCGGCGGAAUGCAUAGACCCCGAGAAAUGCGUGGUCAAAACGGCCGGUGGACGCGAAAUACAAUAUGAGUAUGUGGUUAUCGCUGCAGGAUUGAAAUAUGAUUAUGAUAAGGUGCCCGGCCUCCGCGAAGCUCUCGACGACAAGCAGAGCCGCGUGUCGACGAUAUACUCGCCGCAGUACUGCGAGAAGACGUGGGCAGACAUAAAGAGCUUCAAGGGGGGCGAGGCGGUGUUCACUUACCCGGACACGCCCAUCAAGUGUCCGGGGGCGCCGCAGAAGAUAGCGUAUAUGGCGGACUCGUAUUUUGGAAAGACAAACAUCCGGUCCAGAUGCAACAUAACAUACAACACGUUUAUGCCGGUGAUAUUUGGGGUCAAGAAGUACGCCGAUGCUCUCAUGAAGGUGGUGGCCGAGAGACGCAUCAACGUCAACUAUAAGACCGUGCUGAAGGAAGUCAGAGCGGACAAGAGGGAGGCGGUGUUCUUUAACACGGACGAUAGGAGUAAGCUGACCACAGUCCCAUACGACAUGCUGCACGUGACGCCGCCCAUGUCGACGCCGGGGUUCCUCAGCAGCUCCCCGCUGUCCGACGACACCGGCUACCUGGACGUGGACAAGUUCACCCUGCAGCACCGGAAGCAUCCCAACGUGUACGGCCUGGGCGACUGCACCACCACGCCGAAUAGCAAAACCGCCGCUGCUAUUGCCAAACAGUCGCAGGUCCUGGAGCAGAACCUCCUCAGCAGCAUGUCGGGCGGGCAGCCGCUGCGGCAGUACGACGGAUACGGCGCGUGCCCGAUCGUCACGGCGUACGGCAAGUGCAUCCUCGCCGAGUUCCUGUACGACGGCGUGCCCCGGGAGACCAUGCCAAUCAACCAGGCCCGAGAGAGCACGCUAGCGUACUACAUGAAGAGGGACCUGUUCCCGUUCCUCUAUUGGAACUUCAUGCUGAAGGGCAACUACCACGGACCCGAGUUUGUGAGGAAAAUCAUCAACCCCUUCGCGAAAUAAUAAUUUGUUCGUGCAUUGUAAAUUGCUUUUUGUAUUUGACGGUAUUUUGAUAUUACGGGCUUUGCGUUAAAUGAGGGUAGAUGUAAGGAGAAAAAACAUAGUUUUCAAAAUUGCUGUUCAAUUACAUAAAUUGAUCGGAGAUCAUUUGUAAACUAUUAUGUUUUGAAUGUUGUAAAUAUAUUUAACUAUCGUCUCCUUACUUCUACUCUCUAUGGUUCCUACAUUGGAUAAAUCUUUUCUACAAAGAGGUGUGUGAGGAGGUGUCACUCCAGAUUCUAAAAUGGGACGAAAUGUCAAAAAUAUCCCAUCAAACAACAAAAGAAUCACGUAUCGCCUGAAAACCCACAGUUAUCGAGUAACAAGUUUGUAGAUAAAAAAAUAGGCAAAUAGAACCUCCUUCGCUUUUGGUGAUGUCGGUUAGAAAGACUUAGUACUUUUUACACCGUGAUGCUAAUUAAUGAAAUCUAACAUUUAUCUUUAUAUGAAUGUUAUAAACUAACAUUCGCUCACGGUUUUGCUUGCAUGCUUCAAUGAAUGGAAUACUAAGUUACUAAGGUUAAGGAGAUACGGACAAACAAAUAGACUUGGUAUAUUUUGAACUACGUCUGUUACAUAUGCUAUGAAAUGUUACUUGUUUUAUAGAAAGGGACAUGCGUAAAUCCUGCCUAAUAUUAGUAAUUCCGAUUUUGUUUUUUAUUUAAAUAUUGUAAAUGUAUAAAUAAUAUACUUACGGUGUUGAAAAACAAAAUGGGGUCGUUUUUAAUAUUUUUUGAAGAAAUAUUAUUGAUAAGCUUAGUCGUCUAAGUUUAACUCAAUUCGGACUCAACGUUUUUGUUAGAAUUUAAUUACCUUUGAAUGAUAUAACGGAUCGUGACGUCUUAAAACAGUACUAAUUCCAGUGUGGGAAAGUGACGGCGCUAGACGAUCUUAAUAGCUCUGUCUUUUCCCGAUACUGGUAUUAGUAUUGCUUUAAGACGUCGUGGUACCCUCCUGGUUAGAAAAAUAGUUUUAACGACAUAUCUUCAACCGACAAUUAAAACAAUAGCGAAUGGCCCAGCCGUUUCGCAGGUGAUUUAUUACAAACUCAAAUGUAAUUUAAAUAUGUAUAUAGAUAGUGAUAUAUUGGCGAAUAUAAAUUUUAAGAAAAACAAUGACAAAUUUUCUCUGUGUUAUUAAUUGAUGUUGUGUAAAACGAUUGUAAAUAUGGUUUAUGUGAAGAAAUAAAUAUUUUAUACGUUUAUUUUUGUGUAAUUAAAAUAUA